AUGGCCCACGUUCAACGGCAGAGAACCCUCCCGGGAGCUGUAUUGCCUUUGGAGACAGUAGUCGCACUCGCGGCCCACUACUGCAAAGAUAAUUAUUACAUUUUCGAAAGCCAUGAUACCUGGCACCUUGGCCUCGGCACCCAUGCAUCCUUGAUGCUGGAUGCAGCAGGACAAACAGCGACCCGAAUGGACAGAGAUGGCCAAACAGAGUUGACGGCCAUUACCGGCCUGCCCACAGACCAGGUUAGACGGUUCGUAUCCGAAUAUUCUGGCAGUGGUAAAAUAUUCGGGCAGGUUGGAUUCAAUUAUUCCGCACGGUGUUCAGGCCAGGCCUUUGAACCUGGUCAAUGGCCAAUGUUAAGCCUCAUGGUUCCUAGGGUGCAGGUUACCGUCAAACGGAGUCAGAUCACAGUCACAGGACACGCUGAAGAGGAUGUCCGCAAAGCAAGCGAGUAUAUCAUAAGGACACAGGGAGCCGAUCCCGCCGGCAAUAUUGGUCUCCCAUCCGCUCUUAAUGGCGCGAUCAAUGCGAAUGUGAAUGCCGAGGAGUACCAAACCCGCGUAGCCCGCGCGAUCGCGGAUAUCGCGAGGGGCAAAUAUACCAAGGCUAUCCCGUCCAGAAAGGUACCUUUAGAUUUCCGGGUUGAUAUGCUAGCAACCCUCCUUCACGGCCGACGCGCCAACACUCCCGCACGCACGUUCUCGCUCAGCCAGAAUGGCAUUCAAGCGACCGGCUUUAGCCCUGAAGUCCUCCUCUCCAUCAAUGGCGAGGAGGCCUAUACCGAAGCGCUGGCCGGGACUCAACUGUCGAAUUCCCCCCAGGCCAGCCUUGACCCGUUCGACAACAAACUCCAUAAUGAUACCAAGGAGGUCGCGGAACAUGUCAUUGCUAUUAAGGGCUCCAUCCGUCGGUUGAGCCAGCUGUGUCUUUCGGAAUCGAUUGCUAUUAAAGAUUUCAUGAAAGUCAUGCCUCGAGGGAGCGUGCAGCAUCUUUAUUCUCAUGUGUGUGGACGCCUGAGGGCGGGGUGUGACGGCUGGGAUGCCCUGCCUGGUCUGAUAGCCAAUAUUACCGUACCGGGAUUACCGAAAGAAGAGAACCUGGCCGCAAUGAGGUCCUUUGAACCAGAGCCGAGGGACCUUUAUUGCGGGGCGGUGGUUAUGCUAGACGAAAGCUCGAAACUCUUCGAUGCAACGCUGGUUCUUCGCACGGUGUUCCAGGAUGCGAGUCGGCAGUGGUUGCAGGCCGGGGCUGGUGUGACUAUAAACUCAAAUCCAGAACGCGAGUUUGCUGAAACAUGCGAGAAGCUGUGGAGCGUGGCGCCGUUUGUGGUGCCGAAGUGUAAUUAG